GUUCAAAACAAAGCAGGAGGACUCAUCUACCAGCUGGACAACCAGAACCCACGAUCCGAGACCGAGAAAACCUUCAGCUUCCCCCUGGACUUCGUCCUCAAAGUCCACGAUGAGCGGGUGUUGGUGUCGUUCGGUCAGAGAGACAACAUCCGGGUUGGACACUCUGUGCUCUCUAUCAAUGGCAUUGAUGUGAAUGGACGAUACACAGCAGAUGGAAAGGAAGUUCUGGACUUUCUGGGAAACCCCUCAAACUAUCCGCUUUCCAUCCGCUUUGGGAGACCUCGUCUUACAUCUAAUGAGAAGCUGAUGUUGGCCUCCAUGUUUCACUCGUCUAUGGGAAGUGUUUGGAGAAGAUGGUAG